GCUUUCUCUCUCCUUCCCCCUUACGCGUCUUGUACAUCCUCUUCAUUCUUUAUUUUAUCUGCAGCUUGUUCUCUCUCUCUCUCUCUCUGUCUGCCAUUGCCUUCUCUCUCUCUCUCUGGAACUCUCUUCCUUUGUUUAUGUGUACUGCGCUCGUUAAGAGGGGGGAUAGCGAGAGGGGAUUUGUCUUGCGGCUGAAUCAAUUCAAUACCAUCGCCCGGGAGAAAAAGCUGGCGUGCUUUUGUUCAUUGCGUCUUUGCAUUUGAGAAAAUCCGACAUCCAUUGUCUUGGAUUCGGCUCUGCCGCUGGUUAUUGCGUGUUGUGGGGUUCAGUUCCUCUGUGAUGGGAGUUGGAACGACUGGAUCUCUCGGAACCGAGUUGGGCUGAGUUGACCCGGUUGCGGAAUCGUCAGUCUCUCUGUGUCUCUAUCUGGAUCUGUCUAUCGAUCUGUGAAUCCUAGGUUCUAGCGUCUUUUUCGGAGAUAUGAACACCGGCGGUCGGCUUGUUGCCGGUUCCCACAACAGGAACGAGUUCGUCCUGAUUAAUGCAGAUGAAAAUGCCCGAAUAAGAUCGGUUCAAGAACUGAGCGGGCAGAUAUGUCAAAUUUGUGGAGAUGAGAUUGAGCUGACGGUAGAUGGAGAGCCCUUUGUGGCAUGCAACGAAUGUGCUUUCCCCGUGUGUCGGCCCUGUUAUGAGUACGAGAGAAGGGAGGGAAACCAAGCUUGCCCACAAUGCAAAACCCGAUACAAACGUAUCAAAGGAAGUCCAAGGGUUGAAGGUGAUGAGGAAGAAGAUGGCAUUGAUGAUCUGGAUAAUGAGUUCGAUUACCCGGAUCAUGUUUCUGAAGGUAUGCUUUCUUCUCGUCACCACUCGGGGAUUCCACAAUAUGAUUUGGAUUCUGCUCCUCCUGGCUCUCAUAUUCCCUUGCUGACUUAUGAUGGCGAGGACAUGGAAAUAUCGUCUGAAAGACAUGCUCUUAUCGUUCCUCCGUCACUGGGGCAUGGCACUAAGGUUCAUCCAGUGCCACUCGCUGAUCCAUCUGUGGCUGCCCAUCCGAGACCUAUGGCACCUCAGAAAGAUAUUGCGGUUUAUGGAUAUGGAAGUGUUGCUUGGAAGGAUCGGAUGGAAGAUUGGAAAAGAAAGCAAAAGGAAAAACUUCAAGUGGUUAAACAUGAAGGUGGUGAUGAUGAAGCUGAUUUUCCCAUGAUGGACGAAGGCAGGCAGCCUCUGUCAAGGAAGUUACCGAUCAAGUCGAGCAAAAUCAAUCCUUACAGGAUGUUAAUUAUUCUGCGUCUUGUGAUUCUUGGUCUCUUUUUUCACUAUCGGAUCCUUCACCCAGUCAAGGAUGCAUAUCCCUUGUGGUUGACAUCCGUGAUAUGCGAGAUAUGGUUUGCCGUCUCAUGGGUUCUUGAUCAAUUCCCGAAAUGGUGCCCUAUCGAGCGAGAAACGUACUUGGACCGACUGUCCUUGAGGUAUGAGAAAGAAGGGAAACCAUCAGAGUUAGCUGCUGUGGAUGUUUUCGUCAGUACAGUGGAUCCGAUGAAAGAGCCGCCUCUCAUUACAGCAAACACUGUCUUGUCUAUCCUUUCAGUUGAUUAUCCAGUUGACAAGGUUGCUUGUUAUGUAUCUGAUGACGGUGCCGCCAUGCUUACUUUUGAAGCCCUUUCUGAAACAGCGGAAUUCGCAAGGAAAUGGGUUCCUUUCUGUAAGAAAUACAGUAUUGAGCCACGAGCCCCCGAGUGGUAUUUUAAUCAGAAAAUGGAUUACUUGAAGAACAAAGUUCACCCAGCAUUUGUCAGGGAACGACGUGCCAUGAAGAGAGACUAUGAAGAAUUCAAGGUUAAGAUAAAUGCAUUAGUUGCAACUGCACAAAAGGUGCCUGAGGAAGGCUGGACCAUGCAAGAUGGCACUCCUUGGCCUGGUAACAAUGUCCGAGAUCAUCCCGGCAUGAUUCAGGUCUUCCUUGGGAAAAAUGGUGUCCGUGAUGUAGAAAAUAACGAGUUGCCCUGUCUGGUUUAUGUUUCUCGUGAAAAGAGACCGGGAUUUGACCACCAUAAGAAGGCCGGAGCCAUGAAUUCACUGAUUCGGGUCUCGGGAGUUCUCUCAAAUGCUCCGUAUCUGCUGAAUGUAGAUUGUGAUCACUACAUCAACAAUAGCAAAGCUCUUAGAGAAGCAAUGUGUUUCAUGAUGGAUCCUCAGUCAGGAAAGAAGAUUUGUUAUGUUCAGUUCCCUCAAAGAUUUGACGGAAUAGACCGGCAUGAUCGAUACUCAAAUCGCAAUGUCGUGUUCUUUGACAUCAAUAUGAAGGGUCUGGAUGGGUUACAAGGGCCGAUAUAUGUCGGGACAGGGUGCGUUUUCAGGAGGCAGGCGCUUUACGGUUAUGAUGCACCGAAGAAGAAGAAGCCUCCAGGCAAGACAUGCAAUUGCUGGCCAAAGUGGUGUUGCCUGUGUUGUGGAUCGAGAAAGAAUCGGAAAACCAAGACCAAGGAUACAAAAAAGAAGAACAGAGAAGCAUCGAAGCAGAUUCACGCCUUCGAAAACAUCGAAGAAGGUUCUAAUGCAGAGAAAUCGCCCGAGGCAAUGCAAUUGAAGUUGGAGAAGAAGUUCGGGCAGUCUCCCGUUUUCGUGGAAUCUACCGUAAUGGAGGAUGGUGGGUUGGCAAGGAAUGCUAGCCCGGCAUCUCUGCUUAGAGAAGCCAUCCAAGUCAUUAGCUGUGGCUACGAAGAUAAAACCGAAUGGGGGAAAGAGAUCGGGUGGAUCUAUGGUUCGGUUACUGAGGAUAUUCUUACGGGUUUCAAGAUGCAUUGCCAUGGCUGGAGAUCGGUGUACUGUAUGCCAAAGAGGCCAGCUUUCAAGGGAUCAGCACCCAUUAACCUUUCUGACCGUCUCCAUCAAGUUCUUCGUUGGGCACUUGGGUCGGUCGAGAUUUUCUUGAGCAGACAUUGCCCUAUCUGGUAUGGUUAUGGAGGCGGAUUGAAAUGGCUGGAAAGAUUGUCGUAUAUAAACUCUGUUGUCUAUCCAUGGACCUCCAUCCCGCUUCUAGUCUACUGUUCUCUCCCGGCUAUCUGUCUUCUCACUGGCAAAUUCAUCGUUCCCGAGAUCAGUAACUAUGCCAGUAUCCUGUUCAUGGCGCUGUUCUUGUCGAUAGCUGUGACGGGAAUUCUCGAGAUGCAGUGGGGGAAGGUCGGGAUCGAUGACUGGUGGAGGAACGAGCAGUUCUGGGUGAUCGGAGGGGCUUCAUCCCAUCUGUUUGCGCUCUUCCAAGGUCUCCUCAAGGUUCUUGCAGGUGUCAGCACAAAUUUCACUGUCACUUCUAAAGCGGCCGACGAUGGAGAAUUCUCAGAGCUAUACAUCUUCAAAUGGACUUCCCUUCUGGUUCCGCCGACGACCCUUCUCAUCAUCAACGUCAUCGGAGUCAUAGUCGGAGUCUCGGAUGCCAUCAACAACGGGUAUGACUCGUGGGGUCCGCUUUUCGGGAGGCUGUUCUUCGCGUUAUGGGUGAUCAUCCAUCUGUAUCCGUUCCUGAAGGGGUUGCUGGGGAAACAAGACAGAAUGCCGACCAUCAUCCUUGUCUGGUCGAUCCUCCUGUCGUCCAUCCUCACCCUUCUCUGGGUCCGAGUCAAUCCGUUCGUCUCCAAAGACGGUCCGGUCCUCGAAAUAUGUGGCUUGAACUGUGAUAAUUGAUUCAAUGUGUCCGAGGUAAGAGAGAUGAAAAAGAUUUAGGUGUUUUUUUUUUGUCCGAGGAGUACGAUGUUUGUUGUUUCUGCUGUUGGAAUUGUGUCUCGACGAUUCAAGAGAAGAAACCGAAGGAACCAAAGUUGGAAAAGCUCAUGGAGUGCGAGGAGGAAGUUGGAGAUGAUGAAGUUUAUUUUGUGUUUAUUAUUAUUUAUUUAUUUUUGUAACUUUUGGGUUAUUUGAUAUUGUCGUAUAAAAACAUGUAUUAGUGACGGCAAACAUUUAUUGCAGAGUAGAGUUUUCUGUAAUCAUACUCAAUAAUGUGUAUUUUUGUGUGGGAUAAUAAAUGUUCUUGUUUUUUCUCUUUC